AUGAUUACUGAGAAGCGGCGGUAUCUGCUUCCGCCCGAGCCAUACGUGGCCGACCCGAAUUUCGCAGACGGCCGGCCUCUUCCCGAGUCAUCUGCAUACGCAUGUGCCAGGUUCGAAAUGGAUGCAUUGAUCAAAAGCGUAUUUGAUCAGAUCCUCGAUGCGGUCGAGCAAUGCCACAGCCUCGGUAUCUAUCAUCGAGAUCUCAAGCCAGAAAACAUUCUCUGUGCAGAUGGCGGCACGCGUGUCAUGCUGGCUGACUUUGGCCUCGCGACAGGCGAUCGUAUGAGCUCUGACUUUGGAUGUGGCAGCUCUUUCUACAUGAGCCCCGAGUGCCAAGGCAGCAUCACAAAUCGUAUGUCUCAGUACAGCACAGCUGCGAAUGAUGUGUGGUCACUCGGUGUCAUCCUCAUCAACCUGAUCUGCGGGCGAAAUCCUUGGAAGCAAGCGACGCCCACGGAUGAGACUUUCCGCGAAUACCUGCGAGAUCCCGACUUCUUGGGCAAAAUCCUCCCGAUCUCGAACGAGGUUCAUGCCAUUCUCAAGUGCGUCUUUGCUCUGCGUCCCGAAUCACGCUGCAGCGUGCGCGACUUGCGUCGUUGGAUUCGCGCUGUGCCCCGCUUGCAAGCAUCCAACUGGGAAAUGUGGCAGCGACACCAUUAUGAUACCCUUGCGCUGCAGCCAAGAAGUGUCGAUGGGCCGCCCUGUGGAUCCCAAGAUUCAACUCUUAUGGGGACAUCGCCGACGCUCUUCGAUCCAGAUGUACCACAGUUUUCGACACUCUCGCUCCGAUCCCCCGUCGUGAGUAGCCUUGUGUCUCCGACGGCUCUCGAGCCCAGCAAAGUAAAGCAGGCACCCGUCAAUGCGACUGCACUGCGCACACCAUUUUCACUUCCCAAAGAAGACACCGAUUCUUCCGCGCUGGCAUGUCAAGUCCCGCCCAUCGUGUCAGUGUCGCCACAGAUCACGUCGUCGCCUGCAUCUCCAGGCGUCGCUCGUGGUACGACGAUUCCGGACACGGGAGCUGGACCGCACGUAUCUUCGUACCGCAGCACACCCAAAGAUUUUCGCAUCACAAGUCGUCAGCCGUUGUUGACACUACCUAAAGCGGAGGAGCCGCUGUCUUUUGCGUUUGAGCCUGACCCGGAGGAACGUUCCACCCCCCCGUCGUCGGUGUCGCAAGCCGACAAGUUGAUGGAACAAAUGUCCUCUGUACUGUCGACAACCACAGCCACAACCACAACAACAACAACUGCUACUGCUACUACUACUACUACUACUACCACUACUACAACGACUAGUACUACCGAUCCAACCCAGCGACGACGUCCUCCGUCACCUCGUUUUCAGUUCGAUCAGAAGGAGCACGCUCGCUCGAAUACACGUGCCUCUUCGCAUUUGCCGCAUGCGCCGAAUCAGCAGGCUCAUGCGUGGCGAUCUAGCGCAGGGUUCCCGUCAUCUGGCCUUUCAAGCUAUAUAUGUGCGCGGCAAUUUACGCCAGAAAUCCAAUGGCGCGCCCUUGCCAUUUAA